AUGCGGCGGCGGCCGCUGCUGGCGCUGGGCCUGGCCGCGGUCCUGGCGACGCUGGACGCGGCGUACGGGCAGCACCGAGCAGAUUACGACCGGGAGGCGUUGCUAGGAGGGCAGGAGGAGGCGGAGGAGUACGCGCGGCUCAGCCCGGAAGAGCAGCAGAGGCGGCUGAGGGCCAUCGUGCGGAGGAUCGACGCGGAUAACGACGGCCUGCUCAGCAAGGAUGAGCUGAGCUCCUGGAUACAGCAGUCAUUUAAACACUACGUUACGCAAGAAGCUAAGCAACACUUCCACGACUAUGACAAAAAUGGUGAUGGAUUGGUGUCUUGGAAGGAGUACAACUUACAAAUGUAUGAUCGUGUAAUUGAUUUUGAUGAGAAUACUGUCCUGGAGGAUCAAGAAGAAGAAUCAUUUCGACAGCUUCAUUUAAAGGAGAAAAAGCGUUUUGAAAAAGCUAACAGGGAUGAUGAUCCUGAUCUAAAUGUGGAUGAAUUUAUCGCUUUUGAACAUCCUGAAGAAGUGGAGUAUAUGAUGGACUUUGUCACUGAGGAGGCUUUAGAAGAACACGAUAAAGAUGGUGAUGGAUUUGUGAGCCUGGAAGAAUUCCUUGGUGAUUACAGAAGAGACCCAACUGCCAAGGAAGAUCCAGAAUGGAUACUUGUUGAGAAGGAUCGAUUUGUGAAUGACUACGACAAGGAUAAUGAUGGGAAACUCAACCCUCAAGAGCUGUUAUCCUGGAUAGUGCCCAAUAACCAGGGGAUUGCACAAGAGGAGGCUCUUCACCUGAUUGAAGAAAUGGAUCUGAAUGAUGAUAAAAAGCUUUCUGAGGCAGAAAUCCUUAAGAACCAGGAUUUGUUUCUUAACAGCGAAGCCACCGAUUACGGCAGGCAGCUUCACGACGAACGUUUCUACCACGAAGAACUUUAGAUUAUUUAUUUUGCAAUCUGUUUUUCUUCCCUUCCUUUCAUUGGGAGCCUUUGUUAAAUGCACUCACGUUUCAGCUUUGUUGGAAGUUUUGUGCUGUAAUUACAAUAGAAUAACAUUUGUGUAAAUACUCGGCACUCAGAAUUAAAUUGCCUUCUGCAGACAUCCUUAGGCCUCUUCCCGCCUUCAAAAUUAAUCUUAAAUACUUAUUCCAAAAUUACAUAGCAAUGGGAAGGAAAUUAGUUAAGGUACAGUACUGCAUUGUGCAGGGCUGUGUGACUACACUUCAAAUAAAUGGAGAAUCUAAAUGGUUGUGAAGGAAUUCAAAACAGAAAAUGAGACUACUAUUUUUUCUAAUCAGUUUAAUUAGGGAGGAGAGCAGAGAAGAUAGAGGGAAGAAGUUCAGAGUGAGUAUUAACUGUGUUUUAUUUAAUACAUUCGGAGAAACACUUAGGUUAAAUGCCUCAAUUGUUUAAGAGGUUUCUACUUAACGUUAAAUGGUUCCUAUAAUGUGUUUUACUGUAUUACAAAAAGGAAAAACCCGCUAUUUUUACAUCUACAGACAAUAAUUGUUUUUACGUACAGUUCUACAACACUGGCAAUAUGAUGGUAUUUUACAUUGUCAAGAACUUCUUCAUUUGUUGGAUUAAAACCAAAAAAAAUUGCA